AUGGAUCUCACCACCCCCACCUCCACCACAUCUACCCCCGAACCCAUCACCGGCAGCUGCCUCUGCGGCGGCAUUCAAUACGAAGUAACCGGCGAACCCAUGAAACGAGUAAUGUGCCACUGCGAAAACUGCCGGAAAUUCACAGGCUCCAGCUUCAUGGCCAACAGCUUUAUGAAAGAAUCUCAACUAACCAUCAAAUCCGGCGAAUCGCUCAUCCAAAGCUUCAAAGACACGAAAGUGGAUUCCGGAAGUACAUUGGAACGACGCUUCUGUCGCGUCUGUGGAUCCCCCGUGUAUGUGACUAGUAGUCGGGCCGAGGGGUUUGUGGUUGUUCCGUCCGGCACGAUGGAUGGGGAGGCGGGCAGGAAGUGGAGGCCUGAGGUGGAGUUUUGGUGUAAGGCUAGGAGGGAGUAUUUGCCUGUGGUGGAGGGGACGCAGAUGUUGGAGACGCAUUAG